AUGCCAUCGCACAAGGGCGGCGCCGUCAGACGCGCCGCGCGCUCCCCAACACAGUCACAAUACGGCAGGCGGCUCAGAUCUUCGGCGUACCGAGCUCUACGGCUGCUCUCUGACAACGAAGACGAUGCCAUCGCCGCCUACGUGACAUGGCUACAACGCUCUGGCUUCCCAGCGAGCAAGAUACAGGUCGAAUCGGCCGCUCUAACGCUCCUUCAGCGCCGUAACCCUAAUGCGAAGCCACCAGGCAAAAACUGGUAUCGUCGUUGGCUUCAGGAUCACCCAGAGCUUCGAACCACAUAUUUAAAGGCCGUAGAGAAGUCCAGGAAGGUAUUUGAGGCCAACGAUGUGUCAUACGUUGAGAAGUUCUUCUCGAGGCUUAAGGAGAUCAUCAGCUCGUAUGGAAUCGGCCCCUCAGAGGUCUGGAACGAAGACGAGUGCGGCAUCCGUAUUGGAAGUUUACGAGAACGCAUUCACGUCGUUAUAUCUUGUACGCUUAUUGCCGCUGCCAACGCGUCUUGGGCCGAGAUCAACGCCCCCGACGAUAUACGAUUCGCACGAUCCGACACAGGCUUCAGCAACGGCGAGAUAACGUUUGAUUGGAUACACCAGUUUAAUGUAUGGUCUUGGAAGCGGUCUGCCCGUGCUCAACGCACCGGAAAGACCCUUGAGGAGUGGUUUGGUGUAGAUGAGUGGUGCAGAGAGCCCGAAUAUCCCUUCCUCGAGGCAGAGCCACGCCUUAUCCCGGAAAACGAGCGAAUUCAUCGUCUUCUCGUCAUCGACGGCUUCACUGGGCAUACAGGCCUCGAUUUCAUACAAUAUUGCAUCAAAUUUGACAUCAUCGUCGCGGUGUUCCCUCCGCAUUCAACGCAUAUCCUUCAGCCGCUCGAUGUAGGCGUUUUCCAGCCUCUUAAGCACGCACAGCAGAAAAUCCUACAUAAGUUCAUCGAGUCAGGGGAGCUGAACUUCACGAGGCACGAUUUCCUCAAGUCUUUCUGGGAAGGGUUCAAAGAGGGCUUCGCAGCGUGUUAUAUCAUAGGGGGCUUCGAAAAAAUGGGCAUCUACCCUCCCACAGAGCAGCCGGCAAUGAAGAAGCUCGUGGCCGAGCAGCUGAAGGUAUCACAGGCCGUUAACCCAGCGUUCGCAUCGCUCCUCCCUAAGGAAACACGCUUCCAACAGGCUGCCGACACUGUACAAGACCUUCGAACGCGUUAUCACGAGAUUCUAAGCUCUCCAACGCGUGGCAGGCUUUCCAACGUCUCCCAGGCCGUCACAGAGGCAUCUCUUCUUAGCUCUACACUGGCCAAGUGCUAUAAAGACCGCCUACAACGCAUCGAGAAGAUAAGCAGCCGCCCGAGGUGCGGCAAGGCCGUCAAGGCUGCCGAGGGCACUUUCUACACUAGCGUCAGCCUAGAAGAUAUCCGUAAAUCUCGUGAACGCACGCUUCGGCUCGAAGAAGAGAAAAGUCAACGCCAACUGCUCCUCUCGAUGCGUGGCAUUAUACGGCGCGAGCGACAGCAACUCCUUGACGAAUACCGUAAAAACAAGGUGCAGCUGGUGAACGGAAAGAUGAAGAGACUGACUAUCAAACAAUGGCUUGACUUCGUCGGGAAGAGCGAGGAUUCCUUGCCCUAG